GUCUAGCUAGAACCAUCUUGAGUUCGCCUAUUGUAAGUGUUAUGUUAGUAGAUACAUAUAUGCGAUUACAAUGAAUACGAAAGAAAAGGAAAAAUACAUCGAGGAAUUCGAUUUUCCAUAUUGCGACGAAUCUUCCAAGUAUGAAAAAGUUGCGAAAAUUGGCCAAGGAACUUUCGGAGAGGUAUUUAAGGCUAAGGACAAAAAAACAAAUAAGAAAUUUGUCGCAAUGAAGAAGGUACUAAUGGACAAUGAGAAAGAAGGAUUUCCUAUUACGGCAUUACGUGAAAUAAAGAUAUUACAAUUGCUGAAACAUGAGAAUGUAGUUAAUCUCAUAGAAAUUUGCAGGACACGUUUAAUAUUAAUAUCCACUCAGUAUAAUCGAUAUCGGUCUACUUUUUAUCUGAUAUUUGAUUUCUGUGAACAUGACUUGGCUGGUUUGUUGUCAAAUGUAAAUGUGAAAUUUAGUUUAGGUGAAAUAAAAAAGGUUAUGCAACAGUUACUAAAUGGUCUUUACUAUAUACACAGUAAUAAGAUUUUACAUAGAGAUAUGAAAGCCGCUAAUGUUUUAAUAACAAAGAAUGGCGUAUUAAAAUUAGCUGACUUUGGUUUGGCACGAGCAUUCAGUGCAAAAAAUGGCCAUUCGAAUCGUUAUACCAAUAGAGUUGUUACUCUUUGGUACCGACCACCAGAGCUCCUACUUGGUGACAGAAAUUAUGGACCACCAGUGGAUUUAUGGGGCGCUGGCUGUAUAAUGGCAGAAAUGUGGACAAGGUCUCCUAUAAUGCAGGGAAGUACCGAGCAACAACAGCUUAUAUUAAUUUCACAAUUGUGUGGCUCGAUAACGACCGAGGUAUGGCCUGGCGUUGAAAAUUUGGAUCUGUUUACCAAAAUGGAUCUUCCCAAGGGGCAAAAAAGAAAGGUCAAAGACAGACUGAAGCCAUAUCUGAAGGAUCCUUAUGCCUGUGACUUAUUGGAUAAACUUUUAAUACUCGAUCCUAGCAAAAGAUGUGACUCUGACUCCGCGCUAAAUCAUGAUUUUUUCUGGACUGAUCCAAUGCCAUGCGAUCUCAGCAAGAUGCUGGCGCAGCAUACUCAGAGCAUGUUUGAAUAUCUGGCACCACCAAGACGACCUGGUCAUAUGCGACAUCCGCAUCAUCAAGUACCUGGAGGACCAGCCAAACCUAGUUCCAGUAUGGCCGAUAGUGGCUAUCAGGAUCGUGUCUUUUAAUAUUUAUUUCUAUUC